AUGGCGACGGGCGGCUACCGGGCGGCGGGCGGCAGCACGGCCGACUUCCUGGAGGAGUGGAAGGCGAAGCGCGAGAAGCUGCGCGCCAAGCAGAGCGCCCCGGGCCCGGCCGGCGCGGACGCGGGGUCAGGGUCCGGGGCCGGGGCCGGGUCCGGGUCCGGGGCCGCCGCCGCCGCCGCACCUGCCGCCCCUGUGCCCGGGAACUGCAGCGCGGGGCCCGGCGGCGCCCGGCGGCCCGAGGACGACCCCGCGCCCGCAGCUGCGCCGUCCGGGGCGGCCGGCGCGUCUCCCGUCCCCGCCGACGACGACGAGCGCGACGGCGGCCCCGAGCCGGGCAGGAACUCGGGGCCCAGCGCCAGGAAGGGCAAAGGGCAGAUCGAGAAGCGGAAGCUCCGGGAGAAGCGCCGCUCCACCGGCGUGGUCAGCAUUCCCGCCGCUCAGUGCUUGGAUGAAUAUGAAGAUGAUGAAAUGGGGCAGAAAGAGAGGAAACGAGAAGAUGCGAUUACACAGCAGAACACAGUGCAGAAUGAAGCUCUGAGCUUACCAGAUCCCAGCACCUCCUACCUGAUUCAGGAACCAUCUAGAUCUGUUUUGGGAAAAUAUAAAAGCACAACCACUGGCUCUGAGGAUGAACUGUUGAGUAGACACCCCCGAACAGAGAGAAGUGGGUUCAGCAGAUAUAACAGAGAGACGAAUUCAAGUAAUUUGGUCUCAAGCAGCUCAUUGGAAAAGAAAAUUGAAGAUCUUGAGAAGGAAAUUGUGAGAGAAAGGCAAGAAAAUUUAAGACUUGUAAGACUAAUGCAAGACAAAGAGGAAAUGAUCGGAAAACUCAAGGAAGAAAUUGAUUUGUUAAACAGAGAUCUAGAUGACAUUGAAGAUGAAAACGAACAACUCAAGCAGGAGAAUAAAACUCUUUUGAAAGUCGUUGGGCAGCUAACAAGGUAGAAGAUGGAAAGCCCAGCUUGGAAAAAAUGUCUUUAAAAACUACUGAUUGAAUGUUAUAGUUAAUGUUAGGACACUAUUUCUGUGCUGCAAUACCUGAAGUAUGUAUAUUUAUUUUUAGAAAA